GGUGUCAGUGAGAAAACUGUGGGAUUUGUGCCCUAUGUGGCCACCCCUGCCCAGCCUGUUUGUGUUGGCCCUGGGGCAAGAGUUCCUAGAUCGGACAGGUGUCAUUGAGGUCAUUCCCUCUUUGUACCCUCUCAUUAAGCUAAAACUGUUUCCCUAAGUGUGGCCUGAAUUUCCAGAAGAAAAAUCUAAGCUUGUUUCUACCAGCAUAAUGCUGUUCCCCUGCUCUUGGGGUGACUGCAGUAGGGCUGGCAGAAUGGACUCUGCCCUGUGUCAUUUUGAUCCGAGUCAAACAGAGUGUGGUUGGUGUAGUGCUAAUAUCCUGGGGCCUAAACCUUCCCUAUGCCUUUUUAACGGGAGAGAGGUAGUUUGGGUCUGUUGUGUUUUGAACUGUAUGUAGAGUCUUGAAAACGUUUUGAUGAAAGUACAAUUUUGUAGCAAAUUUAAACCUGCUGAUAGUAGGCUUGCUUUUUUUUUAGCUGCCAUUCACAGAGCGGCUCGAAGUGUCCCGCUGACUCUCCAGGGUUCUAUAUGCCAGGAGUUGCAGAGUGCCAGGCAGAUGGAUGUGUGGAUGGAUCUGCAGGAGACGGCCAAAAAUUCGCAGCAUUCUCAUUCCACUCCUGUUGAUCAGAUAGAAGUUUUCAGAAAUCAUUAGAAGAAAUACACAGAAUAUUGGUAUUUCCUUGUUAUUCCUGCUGGAACUUGCUUUGGUGGGUUCUGACAGACUUGUUGCUAGAUCUGGACUGUAUGAAAUGUGGCAGGAGAAGCAAAGAUGCAAGUAUGGACAUAAUAGCCUAUGAUGAUUUCUUCAGUCCGCCGCUUCAGAGAUAUUGAAAGGACACCUGAAUACCUGCAGCCGGAGAAGUGUGUUCCACCUCCUAGCCGCGCUUCGUUGGGAACAAUGUGGUUUAUUCGAGAUGGCUGUGGUAUCGCGUGUGCUGUCGUCACCUGGAUGCUGGUGUUCUACGCUGACUUUGUAGUCCUUCUUGUCAUGCUAGUUCCCUCAAGAGAUUACGUUUAUAGUGUCAUCAAUGGCACGCUGUUCAACACCUUGGCGUUCCUCGCUUUGGCUUCACACUUUCGUGCUAUGCUGACAGAUCCAGGUGCUGUGCCCAAAGGUAACGCAACAAAAGAGUUCAUUGAGAGUUUACAGCUAAAGCCAGGACAGGUGGUUUACAAGUGCCCAAAAUGUUGUAGCAUCAAACCUGACAGAGCACAUCACUGCAGCGUUUGCAAGAGGUGUAUUCGGAAAAUGGAUCAUCACUGCCCAUGGGUCAAUAACUGCGUAGGAGAGAAUAACCAGAAGUACUUUGUACUGUUUACAAUGUAUAUAGCACUGAUUUCCCUGCAUGCUCUAAUUAUGGUGGGAUUUCACUUCUUGUAUUGCUUUGAAGAAGACUGGACAAAAUGCAGCUCCUUCUCUCCACCAACCACAGUGAUCCUUCUCAUCCUCUUGUGUUUUGAGGCGCUCCUCUUUCUCAUCUUCACCUCGGUUAUGUUUGGGACCCAAGUACACUCCAUCUGCACUGACGAAACGGGCAUCGAGCGCCUUAAGAAGCAGAAGCCGACCUGGGUGCGGAUCAGAGGCUGGGAGGGGAUGAAGGCGGCCUUCGGCGGUACCCCAUCCCUGUCCUGGCUCAACCCCUUCUCCAACAUGGACUGCAGGAGCCCACCACCAACCCCUGCCGCCCCUGCGGCCGCCAUCAUGACGCAGGAGGAGAUCGAGCAGUUCCUGGCUCAGGAGGUGUCCAUCCAAGUGCCCCAUGAGUAGCAAAGCAUCAACCCAGGGGCCAAGGGAUGAGUCCAGGUGGUGUGUUAUUUUAUUAACUACUUGUGGAGAAGCAGGGUGGAUUUUCUGGUGUUUUUUGUUUUUUUUUAAUUGUACUUUGGGUACUUCUGGUGCAGAAUAUAAUUCAGGACUAUUUAUGGGGAAGUCGGGUACAGCACCAGCAGAAGCAAUGCAAAUCUCCAGAGCAAGUUUAACCCAAAGUGAGAGCCACACGCCCUUUGGAGCUGUGUCCUGCCUUACCGAGCAGCUCUUAUGUGGCCUUCGGGGAGAGACUCAGGUGUGGGGCCGGUGCCUUGGGGCUUCGUGUCCUCAUUGCACUGGUUGGAUGAGUGUUGCCUCUCAUCCUGCCAGUGCCUGCAUUCAGAGGUGAUGCUCCAGCACUCUGACAACCAAGAUCUAGACUGGUUUUUGGCUGGUUUUGCCUUGUCAUCCCCCCACUUUACUGACCAGUGACACCUCAUCUGGGCAAUGUGCUCCUAGAUUCCCACCCCCAGUUGUGCAGCUUUGAGGCCCUGUAACAUGCAGCAAAGAUUAUCAUCUUGGGAAAGAGAGAUGGAGGAGUUGGGGAAUAAACUGAGGUAUUGUGGAAGACCUGGAUUAACUUUCAGUUAUUUAUGAAAGUCCAAAUUCCACUUGGUAUUGCAAGGGUUUUUUCCUCAUGGCAGUGAUAAAGGAGUUUGAACAUGAGGUAACAAACAGUCUGGUGGGUGGAAGCUAGGAGUACAGUGGGGCCAGAAUCCAGGAAAACAAGGGGAGAUGUUUUGAACCAUAGUGACCCCCUGUGUUUCUCUUUUUCAAUGAAAAAAAUAGAUUAGGGGGAAAAAAACGCAUAAGGAACUGUGUGUCUAUCAAAAAUGUCUGGGUAAAGGGAAAGGUGCUGUACCCUGGGGAAACUGAGGUAUCAUCUUGCUGUAGGUUGGCCCUACGAAGCAAUGCGGUGUGGAAAUGGGAGGCUGUCUCACUUCUGCACCAGCCUUCAUGUCUGCAUGUCAGGGUCUGCAUCACUGGGACAUUGGGGACAUGUGUGAGUCUAUGCAGGGAGAAGUGGGGGUGUGUAAUGUGGAAGCUGGGAGCUGCUGUUCUCAGUUAACUCUCCCACCUGUGGGUGGAGGUGGGGUUGCAGGGCCCCACAGGAAAACCAGCACUGGAAGCAGCAUUUGGUGUAAUGUGACAGCUGUAUCCUCAGUGCUGAUUGCUGGGGUGAUCUCCUUCCACUUCCUCCUCAGCGAUGAGGUUUGUGUGCUGUUUCAAUAGCUGAAACUAGAAAGCUGUAUGAAAGGGGGACUCCUCUCUGCCCACUCCA